AUGGGACAGAAUUAUCUUGAAAAUGGCAACACUUCAAGAUUUAGCUUUAGUUUGGAAAUGCCUAUUUCUGCAUUUGAAGUUCAGCCAGUUUCUACUGAGGUCCAAGAAGGUGGAAUUGCUAGAUUUGCAUGCAAGAUUUCAUCAAACCCUCCUGCAAUUAUAACAUGGGAAUUAAAUCGAACAACCCUACCUGUAACUAUGGACAGCAGGGUAACUGCCCUACCAACAGGGGUAUUGCAGAUCUAUGAUGUUGGCCCAAGGGAUGCUGGAAAUUAUCGUUGUGUUGCUGCUACUGUAGCCCACAGGCGUAAAAGUAUGGAGGCUUCUCUAACAGUGAUUCCAGCUAAGGAGUCUAAAUCUUUCUACACACCAACCAUUAUAGCAGGUCCACAGAACAUAACCACAUCUCUCCAUCAGACUGUUGUUUUGGAAUGCAUGGCCACAGGAAGUCCCAAACCAAUCAUUUCUUGGAGCCGUCUUGAUCACAAGUCCAUUGAUGUCUUUAAUACUCGGGUACUUGGAAAUGGUAACCUCAUGAUAUCUGAUGUCAAGCUGCAACAUGCUGGUAUAUAUGUUUGUCGGGCCACUAUCCCAGGCACACGAAACUUCACAGUUGCCAUGGCAACUUUAACUGUAUUAGCUUACUUCCACCUUUCUUGA